AUGCCACUCGCGGUCGCCACCAUCGCCCACUUGACACUCGUGCUGCCUCGCCAGUGGGCGCCGAGCGCCGGCGCGGCUGCGGGCCUGCCAGCCUCGCGGCGAGCCGGCGCGGCGCCCGUCUGCGUCUUCUCUGGCAUUGUCGAAGAGAUUGGCGAGGUCAGGCGGCUCGAGCAGCGCGACGACCUUCCGCUCUGGGACGGAGGCGUCGGCGAGGGCGUCGAGCUCGAGGUGGGGGCGUCGACGGUGCUCGAGGGUGCCUACCUCGGCUGCAGCAUCGCGGUCAACGGCGUCUGCCUCACCGUCACCAAGUUUGACGCGGACUCGUUCUGCGUUGGCCUGGCACCCGAGACGCUCCGCCGGACAAACCUGCAGGCGAGACGCCCCCGUGCGGCGGCGCCGGGCGCUGCGCUGAACCUCGAGAGGGCGCUGGCGGCGGACGGGCGCAACUCGGGGCACCUGGUGCAGGGGCACGUGGACGACGUCGGCACCAUCGAGGCGAUGGUCCCAGACGGCGAGGCGCUGACGGUGCGCGUCCGGCCGCCAAAGUCGCUGCUGCCAUACAUCGUGCCAAAGGGCUUCAUCUGCGUGGACGGCACCUCGCUGACGGUGUGCGAGGUCAACCAGGCGGAGGGCUGGUUCGAUUUCAUGCUCGUCUCGUUCACGCAGGCGCACAUCACGCUCCCCCGCAAGGCCGUCGGCGACGCGGUCAACCUCGAGGUGGACGUGACUGCAAAGUACGUCGAGCGUUCCGUCGGAGGGCUCGCGCAGCGUGUGGCGGAGCUGGAGGCGGAGGUGGCGCAGCUAAAGGCUGCCCAGUGAUGUGUCGAGGAGCCAGCCGGAAGGACCAUCCCCGCUCUCGGCUGCCCGUUUGCCGCUCCCCCGCCAAGGAGACAAAGAGGGUCGAGAGUCUAGCCAGCCGUAGCCAAGCAGCGCGCCCGCCGGUAGGUGCGGCACAUAUAUGGAGACCGAUGUCCGAUAUCCGUCCGGAAGCGAGACCCCGGAUCCCGCAGAAGUGCCUCCGCGCGCGGCGCGCAAGCGGAAGAGUAAAAUCUAGAACUGUUCCGAUAAAAUGGUGAGCGACGU